AUGUCCACGUCCUGGCGCGACCCCGUGUGCUCGCUCGAUCUGCCGUCAUCCACGCGGACGCGACCUGAUCUCUACCUCAUCUGCUCAAACAUAUUGACUAUCCUUUCCACGCACUUUCACCGCGGGCCGUACCUUCAUUCUACGGAAACCUUUCGUAUCGGCUCCGGCGCAUUCGUUCGGAUCCGACCCCGUCUACUGGAUUGUCCGGAUCAGGAGCUCGGCCCAUCUCGCCACGACGCCACGAUUCAUCGAAUAAUGCGUACCAGUCCCGCUCACCCAUCCACCAGCAGUACGCAUCCUUAGCAACCGCACCUUCACAGCAGGCUGGUCCUUCAGCCGCACCGCCGAGGAACUACGCCGCCGACACCCAAUUUCGUGAAGCAUCGCAGCUGCAGCAGCAGCCGCAGAAUAUGUCAGCUUCGGGCUCGACGAGUUAUUCUGCAGGCUCCUACGUCCCCAAACGUCAGGCACCUGCGCCUCCGGGACCAACCCAGUACGACAGCCCUUCCACAUCGUCGCAGUCCAAAGGCAACGGCCACGGGCUUGGGCAUGCGGAACCGAACCGCACUUCGUGGGGAGGCGGGGCGGCUAGAAGUUCAUACGUACCGAGCAGCCGGCCACCUUAUUUGGCGUCAUCCAAUGGAGCUGGGGCUGCGCCUGGCUCGUAUCAACCCUCGAGACCGCCACCUCCACCCCCGACGAGCCAAGCGAGAACGCCGCCGAUGCAAUCAUCGGCAACCUUCGGUAACAUGUCGCCGUCCUCAUCAAAGCCGUCUACACCAACACGGCAGCCCUCUUUGGGGCUGUCGAAUCAGUCGUCUGGAGGACUUGGCAAUGCGUGGGAAGUCGUCGACGAAGCACCGAACUAUGGUCCGAAGCGACCCGGCCCACCACCAGCAUCGGGCUCGUUGCGGGAGCUGUCUGAUGCGUUGCCUUCGACCUCCUCAGGUGGCUACCGUGGGUCCACUUCCGCCAACUCGUCCAACACCUCCCUCAACAUGCACCCUCAACCUACUCUGAGCAUCAACACGCAUUCCCAACACGCUUACGCGGCGAGGCAAUAUCAUCAUACCCCUUCGGCUUCGCUCGGCGGCCCUGCAGGCUACUCCCUUCUCACCGACCCCGCCACAGCCGUGGCGGCAGGCUUGGCCGCCGACGUUUCCGCGGAGCGUUGGACAGGGCCGUCAAACUCGGCGAAUUCAUUGUCGGGGCGAGCGGGUCAGCCCCUCCCACCGCGGCCGGACCGAGUGCCCGACAACGAAUGGGAUCGAGGCGCUAGCGACAGUCCCACCAGCGCCCGAGGGGACGGGCAGAUGGGGAUGUCGGCGAAGGGAGAGAAGAGCAAGAAAGGGGGGUUCGGAAGCUUCCUCGGUGAGUUUAACCCAAAUUCAAAGGCAUCAGAACGCGUUCCAAGCCCCCACUCAUCUUCGUCGUCUCGAAACCCCCUUGCAGCUGAUGUGUUUUCUAACCCGAGCAAGAAGGUGGAGAUCUCGACUCCCUACGAUCCUGUCCAUCUGACCCACGUCGGCUACAACCCGGAUAUCGGAGAGUUCACAGUACGUGCCACCGACGGGGAUGUGCUUGACUAUUCCACCGCACGGCUAGGCUAACCCCGUGGCUCUCGUCGGCUUCUCUUCGCGCGAAUAGGGACUGCCCAAAGAGUGGCAGCAACUUUUGCAAGAUUCAGGCGUCACAAAGGAAGAGCAGGCGGCCCACCCGCAGGCCGUGGCCGAGAUUGUAGCGUUCUACCAGGACGUAACCAAAGUCGCCGAUGCACAGGCUGGUGCCGAGCAGGACGAUGUUUGGAACAAAAUGGGUCACGCGACCCUGUCUUCGACCACCGCACCGUCCAUGAGCAGCCGUCAGGGCCAGUUCGAGCAGCCUCGUGCGGCCCCGCCACCGCCUCCAGGGUUCCGUAAAGCUCCUGGCCCUCCCCCGCCGCCGGCGUCGAACGCUUUCAAUGGCCUCGGAAGACCAGCACCGCCGCCGCCGAAGGACCGAGCAGUCGCGCGUGAUCCGCGCCCGCCGACGUCACCGGACCGAUAUGAUCACCACGCGCCCAUCCCCGACUGGUCUCAACAGCAAUCGUCAGGCGUGACGACUGCUGGAACCGUGUCGAUUCCCAGCAAGACGCUCGACCGAUCGCCGUCGCAGCGCACUGCGACCUCACCUGGGCCCCUCCCACCCAAGUCGUUCCAACCGUCACAAGCGACUGCCGCCGCGGCGUCGAGAGCAGACGGCCUCAUUCGCCAAGCGGCAGCAGUGGCGGCAGCAUCUGCCGCAGCGUCGUCAUCGAGUGGUGUAAAUUCGUCGACACCACAUCGUGCCUCCCCUCAAAUCCCUGAUGCUGCGCCAGCAGGGCCUUCACCGACGAGUGCAAUUGCGAUCCCGGCGGGCGGAGAAGCCGCCAAGCCAACGCCUCGCCGACGCGAGCAGAGGAAGAAGGACGCUGGCGACCUCGUGGAGCGGCUCAAGGCCAUCUGCACCGAUGCGGACCCGACCAAGCUGUAUCGAAAUCUCGUCAAGAUCGGACAAGGGUACUUCGCAUCUUGAGCCUCAGUGACAUUUGCUGCAUGCAUCGCUGACGAUCUGUUGUUGUAUUUUGUCCCGCCCUGCAGCGCGUCGGGUGGUGUUUACACCGCGUAUCAGGUCGGCACCAAUCUCUCGGUCGCGAUCAAGCAGAUGAACCUCGAGAAGCAACCCAAGCAGGAUCUCAUUAUCAACGAAAUCCUCGUCAUGAAGGAGUCCGCUCACCGCAACAUCGUUAACUACAUCGACUCCUUCUUGCUCAAAGGCGAUCUGUGGGUCGUCAUGGAGUACAUGGAGGGCGGUUCCUUGACGGACGUGGUGACGUGCAACAUCAUGAGCGAGGGCCAAAUUGCCGCUGUGUCUCGUGAAGUCCUCGACGGUCUGCAACAUCUGCACGAGCACGGCGUGAUUCACCGCGAUAUCAAGUCCGACAACGUUCUGCUCAGCUUGCAAGGCGACAUCAAAUUGACGGACUUUGGGUUCUGCGCGCAAAUCCAAGGCGAACACGCAAAGCGAACGACAAUGGUCGGCACACCUUACUGGAUGGCCCCGGAGGUCGUGACGCGCAAGGAAUAUGGACCCAAGGUCGACAUCUGGUCGUUGGGCAUAAUGGCGAUUGAAAUGGUCGAUGGCGAACCUCCCUACCUGAACGAACCUCAGCUACGCGCGCUGUACCUGAUCGCAACAAAUGGCUCGCCUACGAUCAACAAUCCCGAGCAGCUGUCAGACGUGUUCCGCGAUUUCCUCAAGCAGGCCCUCGAGGUCGAUACCGAGAAGCGUCCGACCGCGGCCCAGUUGUUGCUCCACCCCUUUUUCAAGAAGGCCCAACCUCUCAAGACCCUCGCUCCCCUCAUCGCUGCAGCUCGACAAGCCGCCAAAUCUACAAAGUAG